AUGGGAACUGCUCAAAACAACAGUGACCUCAAAAAACUCCACGCAGUGGAACUUGACCUGUGUAACAAGGACAUGAUGGCAGACACAUUUGAUCACAGCAUUAUUUCUGUUGGAGAAGAGGAAGGAGCAGGCAAUUUCCAACGUUCUCUUCCAACACGAGAGUCACUCCGAUCACCUCGGGGCUCUGUUGUGAGUUUCCAUAACAUCCAGUACUCCAUUAAGCAGUCCAGUGGAUUCCUGUGUAAACGGAAAACUGUGGAAAAGAAGAUCCUUCAUAAUGUUUAUGGCAUUAUGAAGCCAGGCUUGAAUGCUAUCCUGGGGCCAACUGGGAGCGGUAAAUCUUCUCUCCUAGAUGUGCUGGCUGCCAGAAAGGACCCAGCAGGCCUGUCUGGAGAAGUGCUUAUAGAUGGCAUCCCACAACCUCCAAAUUUCAAGUGCAUCUCAGGAUAUGUUGUGCAGGAUGAUGUUGUCAUGGGCACAAUGACGGUGAGGGAGAACCUGCACUUCUCUGCUGCCCUCCGACUCCCCAGCUCCAUCAGCAUUAAAGAGAAGGAAGAACGAGUCACCCAGAUAAUCAGUGAGCUAGGAUUAAACACAGUGGCUGAUGCUAAGGUAGGAACCGAAUUGAUCCGGGGAGUGUCUGGAGGGGAACGGAAGAGAACCAACAUUGGGAUGGAGCUCAUUACAGAGCCACCAGUCCUUUUUCUGGAUGAGCCAACAACUGGCCUUGAUGCCAGCACAGCCAAUGCAGUCCUCAUCCUCUUGAAGAAGCUCUCAAGCAGAGGGCGAACCAUUAUAUUUUCCAUCCAUCAGCCCCGCUAUUCCAUAUUCAAGCUGUUUGACAGUCUGACAUUACUAGCUUUGGGAAAGGUGCUGUACCAUGGUCCUGCAAAGCAGGCCCUGGAGUACUUUAGUUCUGUUGGAUAUGAAUGUGAACCCUUCAACAAUCCAGCUGACUUCUUCCUUGAUGUCAUAAAUGGUGAUUCAAGAGCUGUGGCAGCAAGCAAGGAAGAUCACAGACCUGUGGACACAGGAAAAGAGGUGCACAGUGAAAAUGGAGUGGCAGAAGAUAACGUGGGCAGCAGUGUGGUAGAUGUGCUGCACCAGAAAUAUCUCAACUCCACCCUGUAUCAGCGCACAAAAGAAGCACUGGGAAAGGUGGAGCUUGGACGGGGAAGCAUGCAGAGAGUAUCCAAGCAGGGGCAUGAGAUUACCUACGCAAAUGGAUUCCUCACCCAGCUGUACUGGGUGUCCAAGCGUUCCCUGAAAAACCUUAUCAGGAACCCACAGGCCUCCAUUGCACAAAUUGCAGUGACCAUAAUUCUAGCCUUAGUUGUGGGUGCUAUCUUUUUUGGUGUAAAAUUGGAUCGAAGUGGCAUUCAGAAUCGGGUUGGAUCCUUGUUUUUUGUCACCACAAACCAGUGUUUUUCCAGUGUCUCUGCAAUUGAGCUGUUCAUCAGAGACAAGAAACUAUUUGUCCAUCAGUACACCAGUGGAUAUUACCGUGUGUCUGCCUAUUUCCUGGCCUUGAUGAUAGGAGAUCUGCUGCCCAUGAGAACUGCUCCAGCCAUCAUAUUCUCAUGCAUCAGUUACUGGAUGAUUGGAUACCAAGCUCUUGCAGGCCGGUUCUUCUUCUUCAUGCUGACCCUGAUACUGGUGUCCUACACUGCCACGGCCAUGUCUCUGGCUAUCAGUGCUGGGAUGGAUGUGGUGGCUGUGGCCAAUCUGCUCAUCACUAUUUGUUUUGUCCUGAUGCUUAUCUUUUCAGGCCUCUUAGUAAACCUCCCUUCUGUAAUGGGCUGGCUGAACUGGCUCAAGUACUUCAGCAUCCCCCGAUACGGUCUCACUCUGGUGCAGGUGAAUGAGUUCAGAGAUCUCUACUUCUGUGGUGAGAAGAAUCCAAAUGUUACAGUGUCUGUGGGAGAUGCAGGCAGUUGUCCCCCCAAUAUUUCAGGAGAAAUGUGUUCUGGUGAAGCAUACCUGUGCAGCCAAGGAAUCGCACCUACCAACUGGGCAAUGUGGGAAAACAUAGUGGCUCUCUUCUGCAUGACUGUGAUCUUCCUUAUCAUUGCCUAUGCAAAACUCCGGUUUAUGAGAAAGUUCACGUAG